AAAGAGCGAAUCACAAAAUUGAACUCUGAACUCCUAUUAACUACCUCCCAUUUGGUUGAGCUCCUUUCAAACAGAAUGGCUGUUACUCGAUAUCGGCGAUUCCUUAAACUCUGUGAAGAAUGGCCGAGAGACGAAUCGAAGAAAGGCCGGGAUUUAGGGACUUUCCUACGACAGAGGGUGGCUCAUGCGUUUCGGGAGGGUGAAAACACACAGAUAGCAGACCCAGAGAAGUGCGAUCAGAUGUAUGAAAGUUUGGCUCGCAUGAACAGCAACUUCUACAGAGAGAAGUUCCCACGAGCAAAGGACACAAGCUUCACAGGUGUGACAGUGGAAGAAUGCAGACUCCUGUUAUCUACAGGCAGUGUGCAGCAGAUGGAUGAGGAGAAGAAGGGUUUGUGGAAAACGUUGAUGGAACGCUUUUCCUCAAAGUCACCAGAAGAGGGUCCUGAAAAGGGCACAGAGAAGUAACAUACCUCGGCUCAAUACUAUAUAUUUGUUUUCCCUUCUUUACUUUGUAAAAUUAAAGGCUUUUUUCUCUUCAUUA